UCACCUUAAUUUCUUUGACCAUCACAAUAAAACUCAGACUUAUAUGUUAAGAAUUUUUGAAAUACAAAUAUAACAUUUGGCGUUUUUGAUUACAAAUGCUUGGCGUUGAUGAUACAAUUAAAUGCAAACAAUUACACAAACUUAAAAAGAAACGAGUAGAGAAUUGUAUCUAAAUUAUAUUGUUCUAGUGUUGGCUGUCAGCUGGUAGUUGCGCUUAGUGUUAGUCUUUCUUGCUGGGAUAAAAUCAUUAGUUCAUCCGCAAAAGGAAGAACGGUUGAGUGUAAACUGGAUGUAACAUGUAGUUAGACAUUUAAGCUUAAUCGAUUAUUCGUGUGUUUGCUUGAGAAAUCGAUAGAAGCGUAGAAACCUCGCACAUCGCCACUUGACUAUUGUUUAUUUUUCUUAAUGUCAGAAUGAAGUUUUCUUACAAUUAACUAGUUGCUUUUUGCUCCAAAUAUCCUGCAAUGAAAGAUAGUAAAAUGGAACUACAGAAGCCAAGUAAAACCAGCUUGCUGAAGUUAAUGAUUUUGCGUGCUUGGCGUGAACGUUGGAAUGUUGCACUGUGGGGCAUAAAUAUCAAGCGGGUACUUCCAAGAGGAGUGAGUGGCGAUGCCUAUAAUUUGGCUGAUUGUAUUCUACAGCAAUCCAUGGUGGGCUUAAAUGCUAAUCCGCUGGUUUUAAAUUAUUUAAACCAUUGCCUCUGUGCAAAUCUGGUCUCACAUGCGGCAGUUUUGCGUCGAAUAUCGAAAUAUGAUCAUUUUGACCGCGUUUAUUGUAUUACAGCUCUGUUAGAAUUUCUGGAGGAGGUCAUGGACGGUGUAACAUGUAGGAACAAACCAGAAGAAGCUAUAUUACCAAAUGCAGUUACUUCUUUAAUAUAUUGGGUAAUACAAAUAGUUGCUAUGGUGAUGAAAAACUUUGAAAUCGGUAGUGAAAUCAGCGCUGAACAAUCAUAUAUGUUUGAACGUACAUGUGUUAUAGUCGAAAAAUUUACAUCAAACCAAUUUCUGAUGGGUAUAUACUACAUAGGUUGUUAUGAUGAUAUUGACACAUAUGGCCAAAUACGCGACAAAUUUAAUGGAUUCAAAAAUAUAUUACAAGUAUAUCCAUGCAAUAAUGCUAUAUCACAAUCUCUUCAACAACUAGCAUAUUUAGAUGCUUCGAAAUUAACUAUGCCCCGUCUGCAUUCCAAGGGUGUAGAAUCGGUUAGCUAUUGUGUACAACCCCUUCUAGCCGUAGAAGUUUUACUGCAUCCAUGCAAUGAUACCUCAUAUUUUGUUGCCGAACUGCAGAUGAUACAACGGCUUAAGAAUUAUACAUUGACACGUCUCAUCUACGAAAUUGUUCGUGCUGGAUUUAUAUCGCUCAGUAAUGUGGUGGAAGUAAGUCGCGGUACCUUAUGGGGCGCCUUCACUUUUUUCAAAGUACCACACAUCAUCAAACAGUUGCAUGCAUUACAAAAGUCGAAUGAUGAGCAAACGCCUACCGACCAUUUUCCAGAGGUGGUUGAAGCUUUCGAAUUACUUCUAGAAGAUAAUUUACUCCUGGAUUUAUUGGAUACAAAAUGUUCAUGCAACAUAAUAGAAUAUCUAUUAAAUGAUUGGACUAAACAGCAUCUCGUUACUGAUGUACAAGUGAAACAUUUCGCCACACAACGUGAAAACACUUCUUUGAUGCUGCAAAAACGUGAGUCAGGCAAUCAGGCGUUAUCAAUCAUAAAUUUCAUAAUACGUGCUGAAGUACCCUUGUCUGGGGUUUUAAAGACAUUAAGUACGGACUACAACAAAGUUCAGGAGGCGUUACUAGGUGUAUUAUGUCAAGUUUUAGUUGGUAAUAGCUUCGAUCUGAUUUUGUCAGUGGCCACUGUAGAAGGCCGUUUGAAAACUUUCGUUACUCGUCUCAUUCAAUGUAAUGAAAAUUCAAAACAGGUACCUGGUGAAAUUGGCAAACCAUCGAUUAUACGUUCCACACUUUUUGAUGUAUCUUUUCUUAUGUUAACCUUUAUAGUACAAACUUAUGGAUCAGAUGUGGUCUUAUCCGAACAUGGCGAUUCGUUCUUUGAAAAGUGGGUGCGUGAAUGCAUGGCCGAGCGUAAUAAACCUAAAAAUCCACGCAAUAUGAUUGCUCUAUGUGAAGAACAAAUUGUAGAUGAGCUGCUGCUUAGUUUGCGUAAUCCAGAAACGCAACAUAAGAAUAGUAAUCUCACUUGGCAAGAUAUUUGUUUAAACUUACCCGGAGUGCUUAAUCAUGUGUUGAUUGCCUGGGAAAAGGAUAUAUUGACAUCUACUGACGUGAAAAGUAUCUUGGAAAAUAUUAAGCGCAGAAUGUUCUCCUUUUCCGUAUGCGCUACUUCAUUUCUAUGUGCUUAUAUGUAUUCAGUGCGUGAAAAUGAGUUACUGAAACCGUUGAAUAUGAUUCAGCAGUUCUUGACACCUCUCAGUAGUGAGGAGAUGACUUCACAAGAGAAUGUUAAAGAACGUUUAGGUUUGUCUUUUCAAAUCAUACGUAAGAUGCAGCAGGAUGUACAUCCAUCGAGUAAUACGAAAUCACGCAGCAUAAACCUUACACAGAAUCUCGUAUCACAAACACCACUUUCUGAUCAAUUUCGUGAAGUGUGGAAAACAGUGACAGAACAUGGUUGGUUGCCGGUAAUGUCUGCACAAAUAUUGGAAUCAUUACUACAAUCCGGAGGUCCAACUUGGUUAACAAAGCAUUUGGUACAUGAAAUACUCAUCUGUAAAUACACGAAGGACAUGCUGAAGACAAUGGAUAUUGUUUUUGCUAUACUACAUUUGGAUAUUGAACGUAAUACGGAAGCGUUGUUAAAGGAUAUAAUACCCUUGUAUGCAAAUCAAAUGGUUGGAGGGGAGAUCAACGAACCACAAUCCCAUGUAUUGGCUCUACUCUCCGUAUAUUGCAUAAUUUCGGCGCUGGAACAUCGCCAAGGGACAAUUAGUACUUUACAGCAAAAGCGCACACGUACACAUAGUGAAGCCGAUAAUAGUGACUUAGAUUUGAGUAAUGUACCAAAAUUGCGCAAACUUAAUCAAGAAGGUGGUUCAGACAAUUCUUGCUCUAAUGAUUUUCUCAGUGACAAUCACCCUCUUUUAACGGCUGUUAAUUCUGAUACUACAAAUAAGACAACAGGUCGGGACACCAUACGUACGGCAACUCUUAAAGAACCCCUUUAUUCUAGUGUGCAAUAUAUUUUUAAAUUGUUGCAACAAUUUGUAACAUCAGAUGUGCUGACACCAAAAGUAUAUUUUGCCUAUCGCUUCAUUUCAUUGCUGAUCGAAUGUGGAGGCGAACGUAUAAGACCGGUUCUGAAAUUACUGCCUGUCCAACUCAUUCAGAAUCUACUCAAAGUUAUGGUGUCUGAGGAUAUAAGCGUUGGGCUAAUUUGUAGUCUCUAUGAUCUGCGCACAGCAACUGGGCGACAAUCAGCGGUUUCUGAUUUAAGUGUUUGGCGCAAUAUUCGUUUAAAAGAAAAUAGUUUAAAAUUGUAAAUUUAAGAAAUAAGUAAGUUCAAUGGCUUAUAAUUGUUUGAAACAUUUUUUUAUACUUAUAUAGUUGGCGAAAUACGCAUUUCCGCCAUACCUACGCAUUGAUAAGAUUAUCUAAUAAAAAAUGAAUAAAUCAUA